CUUGUUCACGAUAUAGCUGAACUAUUCGCUUAGUUCCGGUCUCUAUCGUAUCGGCCGCUGGGGAAGAUGGUGAGUUUCAUGGCGUUCUGCGUUUUUUCAAUCCAUUGCCAUCCGCCUUUAUAUCAUCAAACUUCAACCCAGAAACACCAGCACCUGGUUGGGCAGGCCCGUCUGUGUAUCGGUGAUACAAUAUGGUUUGGAGAUUCAGCUCAGUGAUCGCGAAAUAUUGCUGAGUUCCUGUACCGGCCUGACCCAUAGUGAAUGCUGGAGCAGGACUAUGGCGGCUUCUUUAUGGAAACGAACACUAUGUACUCUGGAUCCAAAUUAUUUAUAAGCUACCAGGCUGCCUAGUGUAAUUACACAUACUUUUCUUUCUGUUGUGUUUGUACAAAUUUGUUCAGUGGCAUAUUGUCUAUUUUAAAGAUACUUGCUUUGUAUAACCCAAGUAGUUUUGAUUUAUAAAUUCGUGAGGGCUAACCGUGAAUAAAAAAACGAAUAUUUUUGUAUUUUACUGUUCCUUCGCCAAAUAUGCAUUUAUCAGUGAUGCUCAAAAUAAAUGUCUGAACAUAUGAAAUUUUUAUGAUUCACAUUUUUGUACUGAGAUGAAUGCACCAUACUUGGAUGGUGUGUUUUUUUGUUUGGUUUUUGUCUUGAUUUUCCUGACCAUAUAUUUCUUUUGUAGACGAAGGGAACAUCGUCAUUCGGAAAGCGCCGGAACAAGACACACACUCUGUGUCGUCGCUGUGGAUCUAAGGCAUAUCAUCUGCAAAAAUCAACUUGUGGCAAGUGUGGAUACCCAGCAAAGCGCAAGAGAAAGUGUGAGUGUCUAAAUCACGUACUUUAAAACUAUGGAUUUAAUGAAUGUUUAGUGAACUUGUAUUUAGUGAAUGUUUAGUGAACUUGUACUUAUAUUUCUAUUCUAAAAAUACCAUCACUGUCAGGUCAGUCAUAAAUUAAUAAGUUUCAAAAGAGAGCUUAGUAAAAGCAACCAUGGCAAACCACUCCUAAAAUGUUUAGUGUGAACCUGUCACUUAUAUAUGCUGAAUGGCAAAGCCUGGGGGAGAUGGUGUUUGCCAGUAGUUCUGUCCUCGGUUUACCAUCCUACUUGUGUUCCUGGAGUAGCUUUGUGUUUGCACUCCUGUGUGCAAAUUUUAAAUGAGGGUCUGUGAAAUGUGUGUUGUAUUCCACUCUCCGCAUCUUAAAGGAUGAUGGUAAAGACAAAGUUAAUCACUAUUCCAACAGUGUUCUGCAUGACCAAUUUGGGGCUCUUACUUUGUGUAUAUCGUUUGACUGUACUGGAAUUUCAGUGACUUAUGAAACUGAGCAUUGACAGGACCACCUUAAAAUAUCUGUGAAGUAUACAUGCUAUCCACUGUAUGGUAUGAUUUGUAAUUAAUGCUAAUUGUGUUUGACUUAAAUCUCCAAAUUUAGAUAACUGGAGCGCCAAAGCCAAGAGACGCAACACCACUGGUACUGGCCGUAUGAGACAUCUGAAGGUUGUGUACAGGAGGUUCAGGUAAGCUAGCCUGGAAGCAUUAUGAGGGUUUCCAAACUGGGGACAAAUGAUACGCAUGGAAUUUGGCAUGUUUGCUUUUAAGAGGCACACUCUAGGAUCCAUAAACACUACAGUGUAGUGGUUAUGGUGCCAUAACGCUGCAGGCACUGCCCCCUGGUUCUUGGUCAAACAUGCUGUCUGUUACAAAUGCAGAAAUGAAACGGCUGAGAUCACCACUUCUGAUUUAUUCGUUUGAAUCUUUUAAAUGGAUCAUCUGCAAAAAAAAAUGAUUUAAUCUGAAAGAAACAAACCAAGCACCAUAAACGCUACAGUUUAGCAAAGUGUUUAUGAUGCCAGGAAUGCCCUAGCAGUCCCAUCAUUCUGGUGAGUCAAACCAUUUUUGAACAGUGUGACUACCUGGGAUCUGACAAAUGCUGCUGACUUCCUCCCAUAUCUUCUCCUGACAUGUUGUGCUCACAGAUUUCCUUUAACACAUCUGUAUGAUUUUUUUUUUUUUUUCUUCCAAUUACGAUUAUUCAUUUGAAAGGAAAUCUCCAAGCACCUUAAGGACGGCUUACUGGUGCUAUUCCAUCGUAAUUUGCCAAACUGUUUUGAUAUGGUUUGACAACUUACCCUGGUCGCUCAUAGUGUGGAUUUGAUAUAAACUGGUUGUUAGACUAAAUUUAAAAAGGCUCUUUCACUGUGUGGGGCCUUUGCAUUAAAACCCAGGUGUUGACUUUGUUGUGCAGUACAAGGGUUCUUUUUGUAAGUCAUAUGAAAAAUACUAAGCCAAAGUAGUCCCUACUUGCUUUAGUAAAUCUUUACUGAGCUGGAGUUUUAGUGAAAUCCCAACUGUAUAUUUCAAAGAUUUUUUUUUUUCUAAGAAACACACAUUUGAAGGGGACUACAUAUAAAACCUAGAAGGACACUGGACGUGUUUCACAUCUAAAAUCGAUGCUUUGUGAACAGCUAGUUUCGAGAACGGCUUAAAUAAAAGAUAUUAAUUGUGUGCGUAGAUUUGCAGACUCUGUUUGGGUCUUUUUUUCUGAGCUUUGUAUGCUUAUCUUAUUUUGCUGUGAAAAGGUGCUUGAUAAGUGUUUCUCCAAAAGCAUUUUACUUAAAAAAAUAAAUAAAUAAAAAAUCUGUUGGAGGCAUAUAGAUAUUUAUGAAUUUCAUAAUUCAAAUUAUUGAGCAAAAGUUAUGUUGCUAAAUGAAUGGAGCCUGCAUACAGAUUCCAUUCAUGUUGGCGUAUUGCCUAACUCGAUUUUCUCAAUAAAUGCUAUUUCAUUAAUUUGAUAGAAUGUAUUGAUACAUGCCUGGAUCCUGUGUCUCUGCCCUUGAUAGAUAUAAAAAGCAGAAGUAGAAACUUCAGCUAGAAGUUGAUAUCUAUAUCGAUUCUGCCAGUGUCUGAGUGGAAUUAAUUUACAGUCUUUACAAUUGGGGGUAGGUGUAGCUUUCUUUUAAGGGGACUCUAUAGCUCGAAGUGGUGUGGGUGCCACGUCCCUGUUGGUUUAAUGCUGCAACUGAAAGCAUUGCAGUUAUGCAGGAACAGUAAUGUUUAAAUUAUAGGGUUAUGUGUCUAGUGGCUGUUACACUGACAGCCAAUAGAGGUGUUUUUUUUUUUUAGCUGAUAUACUGAAGUUAAAAUCUUUCAAUGCGGUGUUCUUGUUGAGACUAUUUUAAGAGUUUCAGAGAAACUGCUAUGUUUAUAUUAGGGUUAAUCCAGCCUCUAGUGGCUGUCUCAUUGACAGCCGUUAGAGGCGCUUCUCACUGUGAUUUUUACAGUGAGAAGACGCCAGCGUCCAUAGGAAAGCAUUGAUAAUGCUUUCCUAUGGACUGGCUGAAUGCGCGCGCAGCUCUUGUCGCGCAUUCAGCCGGUGCCGGAAGAAGAGGGAGGAGAGCUCCCCGCCCGGCGCUGGAGAAAGAGGUAAGUUUAACACCUUCCUCUCCAUCCAGCCCUGAGGGUGCGGGCACCCUCAGGGCACUAUAGUGCCAGGAAAACAAGUGUGUUUUCCAGGCACUAUAGUGGUCCUUUAACACAAUCUAUGGUAUAAAUGAACCUUUGGUAACCUGGCCUUUUAACUCAUGAGGUGUCGUUAACUGUUAGGAUUCUGAAGCUUAUCUAUGAUGUUCUAUAAAUAAAUGUCUGAACAUAUGACAACUAAUGAUUUCGUUUUUCUAACUGAGAUAAGCUAAACUUACUGUUUGGAUGCAGAUUUUAUAUAUUCUUUUCCACAGUUUAUAAAAUAUUAAUUCUUUCUUUUUUUGUUUUUUCCACACACAGAAAUGGAUUCCGUGAAGGAACAACACCGAAACCCAAAAGAGCUGCAGUUGCAGCCUCCAGCUCCUCUUAAGAUCAGAUAUUUGUUCAAAUAAAAUAAAGUAAUCAAAAAGAUAUUUUUCUCUUUGUAUGUUUUUUCUUUACUUUUUACUUCUGAAUUAAAACUUACUCUGUUUAUCAACAUGGUCAGCGGUGUGAUCCAAAAUAGUACUCAUAUAGUAACUGUCCAUUAAAGCAGCACCCCCUGAAAAUUUUGUAUUUAACCCCUUAAUGCCAUUAGGGUGUAUUAUGCCGUUGUGCAUUUAGUGAGCCUAACGAUCGUGCGCUUUCCUGGUGCCUCAGGUGACAGGUAGUUCCAGGCUUCCAUUUCAGCCCUCCAGGGCCAUGUGAUCGCAACAGACGUUGCAAACAUAUGACCGCAAAGUAGUCUGGGACUGCCUGAACGUUCUUGCAGUCCCAUUAAUGCCAGAAAAUCAAAAUGUGAAAAUCGCACAUUAAAAAAAUAUAAUAAAUUCAUCUGAUUAGCAUAUUAUACAUGUAUAACACAAAUAUAAUGUGUGUAUAUAUUUUUGUGUGUGUGUGUGUGUAUAUGUGUGUAUGUAUGUCUAUUUUGGUAUUCAUCUAUAUAAAUACCGAAAUACACUUGGAGUCAAAUUAUAUAUGUAUAAUAUAUUAAUCAGAUGACUUAAUAAUUGUGUAAUAUAAAAUAUAUAAUUUAUUAAAUGUAUAUAUCAAGAUACAUAUAUAGUAUCUUGAUAUAUGUAUAUAUAAUCUCUCAGUGUACACUUAGAAUUUUUUUAUUUUUUUUUACAGAAGUAAUUUUAUUAUUAAAGGGAGCUGCCUGGUAACCCAGGCAAAAAUCCAGCAAAUUAAAUUUACAAGCCCUGUAUUUAACCCUGUAACUUUCCAAAACCCCAUAAAAUCUGUACAUAUGGAGUACUGUUGUACUCGUAAAAUUUUGUUGCACACAAAUGAGUGUUUUAGAGCACUAAAACAUGUCAGUAAAAGCAGUUUUUGUGUGAAAAAUGCAAAAAAAACACGAAUAUGGCAGCUAACUUGCCAGGGUUUGUGUCCAAGUGGCUACUACAAAACUUACCCCAUUCUAAAUACUCUGGAUUGUCUAAUUUUAUGAAUUAUAUGCCAUGAUGGGGGUAAUUCUAAUUUCUGGGCUGCCGUACGGUCUCAAAGGCAGCAUAGGCACAGCAAACCAAUCUGACAAAUUUCAAUGUGUAGAAAUAAAGGGAAAAGCCUUUUAUUUGACCCUGUAACUUUCCAAUACCCCAUAAAACCUGUACAUGAGAUUUACUGUUCUUGUAAGACCUUGCUGAUUACAAAUAUGUGCAUUUUAUUGCAGCAAAAACUAAGACAUUCAGUUAAAAUAUCAUGCAGAACUUGAAAAUUAAAAUGUCUUAAUUUCUCAAGUUCUUUACAAAAAAAUUCAUAUUAAAUAGUUUCUAAUCUAAAUAUUUGAUUUAAAAUAACCUGUUUUCUCCUGAGCAAAAUGAUAUAUAAGAAGUGUGGGUGCACUUAAUAUGAAUGAUGUAAAUUAUAGUUGAACAAACAUACAGCGCAAAUUCCAGGUUUUGUUUACAUCAGAACGUGUACAAUUGACUCUGUCCUUAAGAGGUUAAUAAAGAUUAUUUCAUCUGCAUAGAAUAUUCAUAUUGAUUCUGUUGGAAUUUCACCAAUCGAGAUUAUACUUUUUCCUCCGCUUGACACUGGUGGAGCUACUGCUGUCAAGUGUGAAUUCCCCCAGCCACUUUAAAGCUUGCUUUGUGGUUAUCUUGCAAUGUGUCAUAACCACUUUUGAAAAAUUAUUUGAGCUACAGUAUGUUUGUUUCUUACCAAUAUAGUAUAUUUUCAAGGUUGUGCAAAUCUGAAUUACUCCUUGCGCUUUGGUUUUGUGGAGUACCAACAUAACUGCUCUCAAACUUUUAGAAUAUGUAUAUAUAAUGUGAAGUUAAAUGACAUGAGGUGGACAGCCAUACUCAAAUAAACUUAGACUCUCCAAACGUCCACCUGAAAAUUAAGAAGAGCUAUGUUUUUCUAUGAACACUUGCAAUUACAUAGCACCAACAUUUUCACAAUUUGGGGGCUUUACUUGUUAAAGGUAACUGAUAAGUGGAGUAACACUGGUAGGUGAUUGUAUAACUUACUGUUACGAUUAAAACACCAUUACACUGCACUUAAGUGGUUAAUGGUGCCAGGAGUGCUGUCAUUCCCCCUUUUGUAAAAACAUUUCCUGGCUAAUCAUGGCAGCAUCACUUAUGGGUAGCUCCUCCCUUAGCAGUCAGAGGUCAGGAAUUAAUUAGACUGGGUAUAAAGAGUCCCUCCUCCCCUUACACCUCAGUCUUUUUUUCCUGUCCUUGGCAAGUUCUACAGGACUUUUUACAUUUUAUUUUAUUGCCACCUUCCUGCUUUUGUCGUGGGUUCGUUCCAAAUGAAGUUCAGCCUCUCUAUUUGAAGGACCCAGUAAACAGCCUGCAUGAGCAGGACUUAACUGGGUCAGGUUCAGUGUAAGUACUGAACUGCUGCAUGGGAAUUGCAGUUCUGAGGGAGACACGGCUACAGGUAAUCUGAGAAUAUGGGGUUGUCUUCCAUAAAAAUUCCCCUUGUUUGUCUUGCCCCUAGCAACUGGGGUUUAAUAAUUCCUUCCCCUAGUGUUGGUGGCAGUGUUUGGGAUCCAUACUAUGGGGGUCCUCCUGUGGGGGAUCCUGUUAACUUACUUGUGUUCUAAGUGAUCUUUCCUGGGGUGGAGUCCCUCUCUGCUGCGGCAGGGGUGCCCUCUGUGGUUGUCUGCAGGUUCCUGGUGAGGCCAGCGUGGCUGGAAGGCAGUGUGCGUUCCAGCAGGCGGAAGUGACGUCGCAGCCAGGCCGGCAAAACCGGAAGUGGUCUUUUUCGGCCCCGUGCGUUCCGGCGGUCUGCGCAUGCGCUGAGCAGCAGGUUUUCCUGGCGCUAUUUAAACUUGGGGAUCUUGGUUCUCUGCUUGCUCGCUGAGUCACCUGUUGAGAGAAGUUGUUCCUGUGUGCUCAGAUUCUGCUUCUGUGCUAGGCUGCCUGGAGUGGUUUGGUCUUUACCAGGUAGGAUUCCUUGUUUUCUGAUUGUGUUCUUUGUUGGGCAUUUGCUGGUCAGUUUGCUGCUCUUUUUUUUCUGAGGAAGUCAUCUAUGAAGGGACUUGUGUUUUACUUAUUCUUUAAAUUUCUUGUCCUGGAACAGAAAGUGGUGGAAGAAGUUCCAAGACAGGAAAGGUUCCUGGGGGUUUACUACACAGUGUUCUUGGCCCCAAAACCCCAGGGAAAAUGGUGUCUCAUCUUGAACUUGAAGGGUGUGAACUCCAUGCUCGAUGUAAGAACAUUCAAAAUGGAAUUUUUACAGACCAUCUUGAAGAGCGUCAAAAUAGGAGACUUGAUGACCUCCAUAGACUUGAGGGACGCCUACUAACAAAUCCCUAUAAACCAAGAUCAUAUGCAGUUUCUCGGGUUCUGGGCGCUAGGAAGGCACUUGCAGUUCCGGGGACCGUCUGGCCUCAGCUUGGCGCCAAGAACGUUCUCGAAAGUUCUUGUUACUUUGAUAGCCUUCAUAAGGCAGCAAGGUAUCGAGAUCUUCCAUUACUUGGACGACAUCCUUAUCAUAGGUCCAUCUCAAAGGAUAGUAGCUCAUCACACGUUGGUGGCAAUGAACAUUCUUCAAGACCACGGUUGGCUUCUGAACAUGGAAAAAAGCUCCCUGAUUCCUUCUCAGACGAUCGUAUUCCUCGGAGCAGUGAUAAACACUGUAUCUGCCCAUGUGUUCCUGUCUCCGGAAAGGGUCACACAAAUCAGAGACAAAGUAGGGAAGCUACAAGGGCUUGAGACUGCCUCUGCAAGAGAAGUCAUGAGUCUCCUGGGUUCUUUGACAUCAACUAUAGGGUUGGUAAAAUGGGCCCAGUGGAACUUUUGUCCGAUCCAGAAUUGCUUCCUUCUCCAGUUAGACAGAGUGGGAACAGAUUGGGAGCAAAGGAUCUCUCUACCCCUGCCGUGAGGAAAGUGUUUAACUGGUGGAAGAACAAGAAGAAUUCCCAUUGGAGGAACCUCCUUGGACGGUUAUUACAACAGAUACCAUUUCUUUUGGAUGGGGUGCCCACUUCAAUUCCACAUGGACUCAAAGGAAGUGGACCCGAGAAGAGUCAGCUACACUCAAAUCUAAGAGAACUGAGAGCUGUUUCCAAGGCCAUCUUGGUGUUCUUACCAAGGAUCUUAAAUUCUUGGGUACUGAUCAAAACAGAUAACCGAGCGGUUGCUUCAUAUGUGAACAACCAAGGUGGCACAAGAAGCAGAUUGCUCUUGAAGGAACUAGCUCCCUUGAUGACAAUCUCCAUGACCAAUCUCCAAGGUCUGAAGGCGAUCUAUCUUCCAGGUUUGGAGAACGUGACUGCAGACUUCCUCAGCAGAAGGAGAAUGGAAACUUCACCCGGCAGUCUUUGCAUGGAUUUCCCAUCGGUGGGGCAUGCCCCACAUCGACCUGAUGGCGUCCUCCCAGAAUCAUCAGGUGGAGAAUUGCUUCUCCCUCCACCCGGACCGUCAGGCAAUGGGCCAGGAUGCUCUCUCUCUUCCUUGGUCAUUCGAUCUGGGGUAUGCGUUCCCUCCCUUACCCAUGAUACCCAGGUUCCUGCAGAAGGUUUGGUCGGAAGGAAAGAAGGUUAUUGCCAUAAUUCCGAUUUGGCCUCGGAGGCCGUGGUUCCCCCUAUUGUCUAUGAUGAGCCAAGAACAGCCUUGGCCUCUUCCUGUUAUGGAGGAUCUGCUAACGCAGGGCCCAAUAUUCCAUCCUCAUCCGGAACGCCUCAAAUUGGGGGUAUGGGUCUUGAAAAAGAAAGACUUCAACUACUAGGUCUCUCAGAAGCAGUGGUCAAUACCCUUUUGCAAUCGAGAAAAGCUUCUACUUUCUCAUGCUACCAUAGGAUCUGGGAUGUGUUCCGGGAUUGGGCUUCGGCCAAAAAUGUUGAUUUCCUGCAUUCUCACAAUACUGAAAUCUUGGAGUUCCUGCAAGAGGGUCUGGAUAAGGGCCUUAGCCUCAGCACUCUUCGGCGCGUUCAGCUUUGUGCAACAUCUCAUGGACUUCGGAUCCUUUGAUCUCCAGGUUCUUCAAGGCAGCUUUCAGGUUGAGACCUCCUUCCAGAUCUACUACCCCUCCUUGGGACCUUCCUCUGGUGCUCAAUUACCCAACUGAGGAUCUGUUCCUCUGGAGAGUUUGGAUGCAACCCUCCUUACGUAUAAAACUUUGUUUUCGGUGGCAAUUACUUCUACAAGAAGAAUUUCGGAGAUUAAAGCAUUUUCUACCUUAUCUUCUUGUCUACAAUUCUAUCAGGAUAGGGUGUCUGAAACCGAAAUCUGAGUUUCUUCUUAAGGUAAUCUCUCAGUUUCAUCUCUCUCAAGAAGUGGUCCUUCCAUCGUUCUACCCCAAUCCUUCUUCGCCAGAGGAGGUUAGAUGGCAAUGUUUGGAUGUCAUGAACUGCCUGUCUAUGUACCUUAAGUGGUCUGAGUCAUACCGAAAAACUGACCAACUCUACGUUUUACUGUCAGGAGAGGUGAGGCGGCUUCUUUCUCUACAUUAAAACGUUGAAUUUCACUGGUAAUCAGGAGAGCAUAUAUCUCUAAAGGUCGAUCCCCUCCAAUGCAGAUAAGAACUCAUUCUAUUAGAGCAUUGUCGACUUCAUGGGCUAAUUGGGCAGAGGUUCCAUACGAUGAUAUUUGCAGGGCACCCACUUGGUCUUCCCCUAUGACAUUCUUGAAACACUACAAACUGGAUGUCCACCUCCUUUGGGAAGAGUGUCAUGUCUACGGUUUCUUUAUCCCAUUUAGAUUAAAUUUCUUUGCAGCAUAAGAGUCUGUUCAAUGUCUUUUCUCGGUUUAUUAUUCCCACCCUAUAAUUUUGUGAGCUUGGGUAUUACCCAUAAGUGAUGCUGCCAUGAUUAGCCAGGAAUAGAGAGAAUUUAUAACAAACUUACCGUAAUUUUCUUUUCCUCGCUAUUUCUCAUGGCAGCAUCAGGGUUCCCGCAUAUUCUUUUAUUUUUCAGCUUUAUAAUUGGACUGAGGUGUAAGGGGAGGAGGGACUCUUUAUACCCAUCAGUCUAAUCUAAUUAAUUCCUGUCCUGUGACUGCAAAGGGAGGAGCUACCCAUAAGUGAUGCUGCCAUGAGAAAUAGCCAGGAAAAGAAAAUUACGGUAAGUUUGUUAUACAUUUUCUCUAUUUUACUUCCAACCUGGGUGAUGCUUCCUGCCUCUGCUACCAUAGGCAUAAUUAGAAGCUCCUACAUUGAAGCUUCUGUUAGCUUUCCUGAAUUAAGUCCUGUAUGGAAAUAUCAGAUGCAUUUAUGGGGAAGAAAAGUUCCUUUCAUGGUUAGGUAAAAUUAGUGGUAUGUGCUCCCUAAAUUACACACAUUAAUUUGUACUUUAACUACAGGAAUCACGCAUUUAUUAAGGACAUCCAAAGAAGUACAUUAGUUUGGCUUUGGUGCAGGCUGAGUUGAAGUUCUUACAUUAUUAUAUAUUACAUGUAUACAAUCUCCCUGUCCCUUUUUAUUUCUCAAGUGUAAUUGCUUACACAUUACACACAGAAGCAAUUGCUGACACAUGAUGUAUGUACAUUUUGAGCUUGUGUAUGAGCAAAAAAACAGAUCAAAACCAUUCCACCUAGCCAUACUUUAUGUGACACCAGUAGGACAUAACUUACAAAGUAACUGAAACUUCAAAACACAGCUCACUAUUUAUCUUCUUGUUUUGAAGCCACCACACAAAAUCCAUACCUCCUCCUUAAUGGUUUUUCUAUCACUGUUAUUUACUAAAGAGAAAAUACAAAGUGAAUUCUAAGAGGAUUUCAAAUUUAAGGCUAGAGGAGAGGAAACAGUUAAUUUACAGAAUUUGUAUUACCUCCAGGUACAAUAGGGAUGUCACCAUUUCUUGCAGCAGAAAAGGCAGGCAGAACUGUAUUAAAAAAAAAACCAACAACAACAAUUUUAAGACGGUUAAGCCCCUCUGUAUCCUCCUUCAAUACUAUAAAAGCCCCAAAACACAGGAAUGUCCCCGUUGUCUGCCUUCCUUUGGCAUUGUGAGUGAGGUUUGUUUGUUUUUUUUCUUUGGCUUUACAGGCGAGGUGGCUGUAGUUGGGGAAGGCUCCACUUGUCCCUGAGAGCAGCUCAGCAUAUGGGCCUACUUCUGCCCAGUCUGUGGAGUGUGUGAACGCUGUGAUGUAUUCUACCUGGCAUUUACGGCGUGCUACAGAGCAAAUUUGUGUGCUCUCACCAUGCACUUAGCACACCCAGAAGCCUAACAAAGUUAGACUAUUCCCCCCCACCCCCCCUCAUUUGUCCUAAUCCUCAAAGCCAGAGAAGCCUGUGGAGAAAGGGUAAUGUUUUUCCAAGUCCAAACAUCUUGUCUGUGCAUGCUACAAUCAACCCAUACCAGAUAUAAAUACCAGGUUAUAAAACAUUUUAAUCUCUGUUGUAUAGAGGCCGCAGAAGUCUCCUCUUUCCUGACUUGGUUCCAAUACAGUCAGUCUCCAACAAACCACCUGUGAUAUUAGAGAAGCAGUUAUUCAAGCAACCUAGUCUUCUGGGAUGUAAGACCCCCAGAGAAAAUUAAAAAGCGUAAGCAGGAAGAAUUUUCAGACCCCAGUUCCGAGUCUUCCACAUGCUUCAUCUGAUAAGGAUAUUGCCUUUCUCGAUGUAUACUUACAUAAACUUAUUAAAGACGUUUCUGUCUAUGGGAGAUAAUGCAGAUCUAAGCAAACACAGAGAUGAAAUACUUUUUUGUUUCACCCUAAGCUUAAAGAUCUCAUGUUUAGAGAAUGAAGAUUUCCAUCCAAGAAGGCAUUUAUUACCAAACACUUAAUAACCAUAUUUUCUAUUAAAGAAGAAAACCGUAAAAAAAGAGCUCCUAAAGGUUGAUGUUCCCAUUGCACCUACUGGAGAAUCAAGUGGGUUGCAAGAUGCCAUGGACAAAAAAAGCAGAAACUACAUUGAGGAAAACCUUUAUAAUGCAGCACAUAGUAAAACCCUAAUUACAAGAUCUUCUGUUGAACUUAGGAACAACUUUCUUGGUUUGAUUCUCUGGAAAAGGUAUAUCCGUGUAAAUAUAAAUAAGAUCCUGUCAAGAUUCUUCAAAAUAUCGAAAUGGCAUCUGAUUUCCUGGCAGAUUCCACUUCAAAAACCUUCAAACCUUUGGCCAAAUAUAUGGGAUAUUCUACAUUGGCAAGAAGGGCUGUCUGGCAGAGAGGCUGGUUAGCAGACUCGGCUUCCAAACACUCCUAAUGUGACAUGCUAUUCAAACAACGUAGGCUGUUUGGCUCUCAGUUGGAUGAUCUCUUUCACGCAGGUAUCAAAGACAUAUAUUGAUAACCGUGGCAAUUAAUUACACAUUAAUUUCUAUAUUGGUAAGAUAAACACAAACAUACUGCAGCACAAGUACAAAGGCAAGUUUAUGGUAAGACAAAAAAAGUUUAUAAUAAACUACACAGCAUGGGUAACAAGAUAGUGGCAGAUACAGGACAUCACUGAUAUGAUAUUUUUACUGGGUGGUCUUCCUCCACUAAAGGAGUCUUAAACAUAGCACUGCACCCACUAAUUGUUGUGAUAUGUCUUUUCUUUCUUCUUACCUGUUUUAACCUAUGGAUGUAUUGCAAAAUGAGACGCGGAUUUAAUAACACAUUAUCCUGUAACCCACAGAUAUCUGGACAAGUCUUCUUUGAUGGCUCCUUUGGUGUAAGAUGGCAAGGGAACCGAGGUGAAGAUCUAAUUAAAGUCCC